GGAUGGGCUUUAGCUACUAUGAACACAGAAUGCUCAGAAAACAAUGCAUUCCAUGGUGGAAAUUGGGAUUAGAAAAUCCUCUUUGCCUCCUGACCCUUGAAAAUGGACCAUGAACAGAAUGAAGAUGACACUACCCUGGAUCUGGAAUCGGAGCCUGAAAGUCCACUAGCACCCCCUGCAGAUCUUCUAGAACAACUGGACGGAUACGAAUGGACUCUCCAAGAUGGGGGAGGAAAAAACCUACCACCACCUGCAGACUUACAGAGAAAGCUCAGUGAACAGAGAAACAGGCCCAUAUUUCUCGAAUACAGGAUUCCCACAAUGACAGAAGACAUGGCCAGGAAUGCCUUCCUCAGCUUUGUCAAUUCCAAAUGCUGCUAUGGCAAUAAAGCUGCUGGAGAAUUGGUCAUUCAGGAUUUGAAACAGCUGACUGUAUACAGAUAUCGACUGGAGACCUUUCAUGAAUCAAGGCUAAGUGAAUGGACUUUUCAACCUUUUACUAAUAAUUUGGUAGAUGGACCACAAAAUGGCGCUUCUCCUCGGCUAUGGGAUAUUAAGGUCCAGGCUCCGCCAAUGUUUCAGGAUGAUACAAAGAAGUUCCGAGUACCUCACUCUUCAUUAGUUAAGGCAUGCCACAAAUGCCAGGGUCAUGGCCGACACAAAUGCAGUGCUUGCCAUGGUGCAGGCAGGAUGAGAUGUGUUACAGGCAGUGGGGCCAGACACAGGGCAAAGCAGCAAAAGCGGUGCCAGAUGCGUUCAGGUACUGGACGUAAAAGAAGGUGCAGCACCUGUUCUGGGCGGGGCAACAAAACCUGUACGACAUGCCAGGGAGAGAAAAAGCUCUUACAUUUCAUACAGCUGAUAAUAACCUGGAAGAACAAAGUGUUUGAAUUUGUUUCUGAGCACCAGCUGAACUUUCCAGGAGAGCUGCUCAGUAAAGUCAAUGGAGAGAAUGUAUUUAAAGAUGAAAAUAUUCUGGUGUAUCCCAUCAUUGACUUCCCUAUACCACAGAUCUCCCUAGCUUCACAGAGAGCCAUCAUGGAGCAUAAUGCAGCAUUCACCACAUCAUCACGCAUUCUACAGCAGCGCCAGACUAUUGAGCUGAUCCCCAUCACAGAAGUUCAUUAUCUGUACGCAGGGAAGACGUACCUAUACUAUGUCUAUGGAUUAGAAAACAAGGUGUAUGCACUGGACUACCCAGAGAGGUACUGCUGUGGCUGCACCAUCAUAUGAUGGCAGUGGAAUGCUUCUAGAGUUCUUCAGCGUGAAACAAACAAUGGCUGCACUUACAGUGGCAAUAUUAAGAUCUGUAACUUCCUGUGGAUGCACUGCCAGAGGGGUCAGCAUCAGAGGAAGAAGUAGCAUGGCAGGACCUGGGUAUUUUCAUCACUGUGUCAUCUGGCCCGGCUCACGGUACAGUUAGAAGACAGGGUGGUAAUAACUCCUGAGUCCUGUUUACUCUGCAGCUUUAUCUAGUGCUACCACAGAACUGCAUGGGCCUAAAAUUUCCAGUGUAGACGAAGUAAAUGAAAGAAGAAAACAAACCCCUCCAGGAGAGAGAGAGUAAGGAACACAAUUCACAUACACAUCAAUGCUAUUAGCAGCUCAGAGCCUGAUUCAGCCUCAUUAGAGCCAAUGGAAAGAUCAGGCCUUCAGAAAAAUAUUUCCACCUGAGGAUGUUUUGGAUUUUUUGUUUAUUGCUGUAAUGAUUCACCAUUACAAUGUUACAUAUUUUUAAGCCUUUUUUUUUACAUUCAAGGUUAUGCUACUCAUGAUUGAUGUAUUCUCGUCUCUCUUCUUUUAUUUUCUUUGUUAGGAUUUCCCUGAGCUACUACAUAUAACCCAUAGUAACAGAUAACAUAUUUCUAUAUUUAUUAAAUUUAUUUUAUUUUAAAAUACCAACUAGAGUUUGCCUGACGUUAUAAUACUUGUAUAGAAGGUAUCAGAUAAGAAUAAAUAGCAUUUUCAGGCA